CGUUCCAGGAGGCCAGAGGCGGGUCAAAGAAGAGUGCUGGCGACGCCUUAGUACUUGGGGCGGCGGCUGCAACCACAGGUACUGCGCAGGUAACCGCUUCCUACCUCUCUGGCAUCUCAAUCCCGGCUCUGAGAACUGAAUUUUUCAAGGUGCGUCUAACUCAACAUCCAGGCGCCCGCGACCGAAAGAGGAGUUCUGGAGUCACCUGAGUCUUAAGGUUACUUGCUCUGGGAGCCGCACAGCCAGGAGACCCAGGGUUGCCGAGGAGGCAGUGAGGUCCUGGAAACCUUGGAGACCUCGGAGCCAGAGAGCAGGUCCUGCAGGUGACAGCUGAUCAGGACACAGAGUGCCAGGACGGUCCGUAGCUGGGCCGCCUGGCACUUGGAUAACGGGGGUACUGAAUAGUGCCCCUCUCUCGGCUCGGACGCUUCCCGGUGUGUUUUCUGCUGAGGCCGGCAGCAUCUCACCCAGCGCCUGCGGAACUGCUGAUGGAGACGCCCAUCCAGCGCGAAAUCCGCCGCAGUUGCGAGCGCGAGGAGAGCCUGCGCCGGAGCCGGGGUCUGAGUCCCGGCCGUGCGGGCGAGGAGCUCGUCGAGUUGCGCAUGCGGCCGGUGCUCAACCGGCCCGGCCCCGGCCCCCCACUGCCGCGCGCCCUGGAGCGCGCUCGGGCGGGCGCGAAGAUGCAACGGGACAUCGAACGCGAGGCUCACAGGCAGGCGGCGCUGGCGAGCCCCGCGGCUCCGGAGCCCAGCGUCAGGCGGCGGCCACAGCCGCUGGACGAACUCAAGCGCUUCUUUGAGGCCGCAGCGGAGGACGGCGGGGGUUUGCAGCGGCGGCCGGAGGCGGGAGGCUCGCUGCACCCCGCCGUUCAGGACGGCUGCCCGGUGCUGGGGCAGUCGCCAUCGCUUGUUUCCCCGUCACUGCUGGAGCAGGAGGUGCGCCAAGUGCGCGAGCGCGAACGGGAGCUGCAGUUGCAGCGGCGCAGCAUCUACGGGGCCGCUGAGGUUGGGGAGCCAGCGCCGAGCCUCACCCCGAGCAGGGGAGACGGAAAGUUGGCGGUGAUCUGGCCCCCGCGGAGAAGGGCCUCUGAGAACGGCCUGGAGAAGUAGGAGCGCAGACCCUGAGGUCCGCGAAGAUUGGGGCACACGGCCAGACGUGACAUACCCUUUAAAGAUUCAGGGUAGAAUUACCCUCCGGAUCAACAGAAGGCCUGAAGAGAAAGGGGCCAGCUCUCUUCAAUGGCAACUUGAAAUUCUGCCCAUCCUGAUACUGACUAUGGAAUUAACCACCUUUCUCCAUUAAAACUGUUUAGUCUUCAUUGGAAAACUAACAACCACCCGCAAAACCUGUGAGUGAAACACAAAAUAAAACCACACACACACACUU